UAAACUGUAAUGGAGAAUCCGAUUCCCUGUACUAAACACAGCUUGUAGCAGUGAUUUGCACGUGUAGAGUGGGGAUAAUUAAACGUUUAAUUAUUCACGAGAAGAUGUGAGGUCUGCGUAAGCGCCUUCCGCGGCGCUGAAACUCACUACGAUUUUUUUAUUAAAAAUUGUGAUUAAAUGAAAUAAUAGUAUGGAGUAGUUUAUUAAAUAAAAUAUUGUUUGAAAGUCCUUAACCGUUGGUUUAUUCAGUCCAAAUAGGUGAUAGUUUGGGAAGUUGGGUUUCACCUAAUCUUGUCAUUUUCAGGACGGCGGCUAAGGAUACACUGCUUUGCUUUUUUAAAUUAUAAAUUUCAGUGCGUUGCGGCACGAGAACUAGUAGGGUUGGGUCUAUGCCCUAAGUUUACUCCAUUUUGACUUCCUCCUUCCAAUAAUUCACAACCAUUUAAUACUACUAUAUAUACAUAUAUUUCAUUAUUAAACAUUUUAAGUAUUUUAAAGUUUAAUGAUUUUUUUAAAGUAAGAACACUGGUUAACAAGGGUAGCUCAUAUUCACCAUCCAAAUAUUUUUUGUAACCAAAUAUUUUGUAAGACUUAAAAACUAAAAGUAAAUUAACAAUUCUUUUAUUUCAAAACUAAAAAUGAAUAAAUAUAAAUCUUAGAGGGGUAACCUGAGAACAACUUAGUCUCGAUCUUAAUGGAAUUAAGGUAUUUGAAAAAUAAAACGAACACAACAGCAAUUAAAUAUAAGCUAAUUAAAGUAUUGUAGUUUAUAUAGAUAUCCUUAAAAUAAAGCGUUUGUAUUUGAAGCAUUGUUGAAACUUCUGUCCGCAUCUCUAAAUAAUAAAUUGAUAAAGCAUUUGAAGAAAAGUUGAACGUUUUGGGUAAAGUUUGAGUAUUUUGAUACCACUUCAUAAAUUUGGUAAUAAUACUCUAUUAAAGUUAAACUCUUGAAUGAAUCCAACUAAAUUAUAGUACAGAAUUGAUUAUGUGCCCAUCCACUCCUAUUGUCAGAAUUCCAGCAUUAAUAAAACUGUCAGUUGUAUCUAAAAAAGCUUUGAUAAUGAAAACGAGACUGAUUAGCGAAAUGGAUCUUGUGAAACAGGAAUACUGGGCAAAUGAGAAAGAACAGUUUAGUCCUGUAUCGAUACUAGAUUGUCCAUUUGUAGAUGAAGAAGAGAUUUACAAGCGUCGUUUCAGAUCCACUUCCUCUGUUGUUUCCAUCACGGAAGGAAGGAAACACAAGCAUAUGCACGAAAGAUGCCAUUUAGAAAGUGUGGCUUCACCGGAGCCGGUGGUUUUAGAGAAAAGGUUCGCGCGGUUAGAGGCGGGGGAUGAAACACUCAAGCAUUCUACAAAACAACGUUCCCGCGUAGUAGUGCCAGCAGCGCGUACUCGAAAUAACUUGCGUCCUGCAAGCAAUCACGACAUUGAGGAGAACGCUCGAAAUCUUCUCAACUUCGUUAAAGGAUCAAAUCCACAGAACACUUUGAUACUUAAGGCAGAGAAUCUGCUGUUUGAUUACUUCAUGAAGAGUGUUGGAGAAUGUAAAGAAAUUGAUCUGUCAAAAAAGCUUCACCUUUGCAAGGUAGCAGAGGAUUGGAUAAACGGGCGACCCCAAGAACUGUAUUUGGAUUGGGAAGAACAAGGACGAAGGUCUGUGUAUGUUAGGGAGAUGGACAGAUGUGAAGGGUGGAAAAACUAUGAUCAAGAAAUACAACAAUUGGGUGGGGACCUGGCAAACGAAGUCUUGACAAUUCUGGUUAAUGAGUCAGUGCUUGAUCUUAUGAUACGUGCCAGCCACUGAGAUAACAUGCUGCCGAUUACCUUUUUCCAUUGUUUCUUUUUCCUUUUACAUCGAUUGUAUUCGUCUCUUCUCCCUGUCUCGGGGAUACGAGACUCUAAAUUUUGGAACAAUUAGGGAAAAUUUUUGCUUUUACUUACCAUGUUUUUCUUCCCCAAUAUCCUGCCUAUAUCGCUUUGGCUUCUAGUAUUUAUUAGGACUUGGGAAAAAAAAUUAAAUUCAUCUUCU